AUGGGUAACUGCAGCAGUAGCCACGGCGGUGCCGCCCCCUCCACAACCACACACUCCGACGACCUUCCCCGGCGCAACGGCAUCACCGUCCUACCUCCGAACACGAACCCUUCACCCCAACUGCCGAAGCCCCAAACGUCUUCCUCGCUAGGCCGCGUGCUGGGCCGGCCCAUGGAGGACGUGCGGUCAAUUUUCAUCUUCGGGCGCGAGCUGGGCCGCGGGCAGUUCGGCGUGACGUAUCUGGUGACCCACAAGGUCACGAAGGAGCAGUUCGCGUGCAAGUCAAUCGCGACGCGCAAGCUCGUCAACCGCGACGACAUCGACGAUAUCCGGCGCGAGGUCCAGAUCAUGCACCACCUCACCGGUCAUCGCAACAUCGUGGAGCUCAAGGGCGCCUACGAGGACCGCCACUCCGUCAACCUCAUCAUGGAGCUGUGCGCCGGCGGCGAGCUAUUCGACCGGAUCAUCACCAAAGGCCACUACUCCGAGCGCGCCGCUGCCAACUCCUGCCGCCAGAUCGUCACGGUGGUGCACAACUGCCACUCCAUGGGCGUGAUGCACAGGGACUUGAAGCCCGAGAAUUUCUUAUUGCUCAGCAAGGACGAUGAUUCCCCUCUCAAGGCCACGGAUUUUGGCCUCUCCGUCUUCUUCAAGCCAGGAGAUGUGUUUAGAGACCUUGUUGGGAGUGCUUACUAUGUUGCUCCUGAGGUGUUGAGAAGAAGCUAUGGGCCUGAGGCUGAUAUUUGGAGUGCUGGGGUUAUACUGUACAUUCUGCUGUCUGGUGUUCCACCUUUCUGGGCAGAAAAUGAACAGGGUAUCUUUGAUGCUAUUCUUCGUGGACAUAUUGAUUUCGCAUCGGAUCCUUGGCCUUCCAUAUCAAGUAGUGCGAAAGAUUUGGUCAAGAAGAUGCUACGAGCUGACCGUAAAGAACGGCUUUCAGCAGCUGAAGUACUGAAUCAUCCCUGGAUGAGAGUGGAUGGAGAUGCAUCUGAUAAGCCUCUUGAUAUUGCUGUUUUAUCCAGGAUGAAGCAAUUCCGAGCAAUGAACAAGCUAAAAAAAGUCGCCCUGAAGGUUAUUGCUGAAAAUCUUUCUGAAGAAGAAAUUAUUGGCUUGAAGGAAAUGUUCAAAUCCAUGGAUACAGAUAACAGUGGAACAAUCACAUUCGAAGAGUUGAAAGCUGGUCUCCCAAAACUGGGUAGUAAACUUUCUGAGUCGGAAGUAAGGCAAUUGAUGGAAGCGGCUGAUGUAGACGGAAAUGGAACCAUUGAUUACAUUGAAUUUAUAACUGCUACUAUGCACAUGAAUAGAAUGGAAAGAGAGGAUCACCUUUAUAAAGCCUUUGAAUAUUUUGACGAUGAUAAGAGCGGGUACAUCACAAUGGAAGAGUUGGAAUCUGCCCUCAAGAAGUAUAAUAUGGGUGAUGAGAAAACAAUAAAGGAGAUCAUCGCCGAAGUUGAUACAGACAAUGAUGGAAGAAUUAACUAUGAUGAGUUUGUAGCCAUGAUGAGGAAAGGCAACCCUGACAUAAGCCACGUAACCCACAGACGUCGCAAAUAA